CUUCCUAAUAAGUGACACCAGGCCGCAAAAACUAGGGUACCCGAGUACUCUUCCCCGUUGCUGUCCUCGUCGUCGUUGUCGCCGCCGUAAAAUAAAUUAAAAAAAGGCUCAGCAACGCACACACACAAGACAAGACACACACACACGCAAUACAAUACAAUACAAUACAGUAGGAUACGGUACUCGAGUACAAUACAAUACACACAGUUUCGCUGAUUCCAUUCGCUGCCCUUUCUCUCCCUUCCACCCCCCCCCCUCUCUCUCCCCUUCUCCUUUCUUUCUCUCUUUCUUACCUUUUCUUUCUUUCCUUUUACCCUUUCCCGUCUAAAAGAGGGCAAAGUGAUUACAGAUUUUGUUGCUUUCUACCCAUUGUCUCCGAGUUGGCCGCUCAACGCUUUCCCUCGCGCCUGCCGUUGUUGCUAUUUUAUAGCCGAAAGAAUUUGGAAGACUCGCCGGGCUUGUUCGCAUCCUGUGCCUUGCACUGGACGACUACUGCUUAGUCGGGGUUUCUCUUUCAACCGGCCUGGUGGUCAUCCCACCUGUGAGCCUCCUUGAAAUUUUUCGUUAAUACACUGGGGGUCAUCCUGUUUAUUUCGGCCCUUUGCCCUCUUACACCUCCCCACCUCUCUUCUUCUUUGCGUUCGCGCAUAUACACACAUUACAUCCGCUACAAUGCGCUUACCACCACCAUUAUCGUCAUUUCUGUGUGGGCUUUCUUUGUCUGUACUUUUAAUAGAUGUAGUUAUAGGACAUUCGCAGCACCGAAAUCCUGUGUCGUACAUAACUUUUAUUGAGGACCCUGAGAUAAUCACUCCCGGCAAGCGAAUACACUCGGGUUCGUCCUUCGACUUGAAAUUCACGCUACACAAGGGGGAGCAGCAGGUCAAGUUCGUGCUCGAGCCGAACCACCAGAUAUUGCCCGACGAUGCAAAGGUCGAGUACCUGGAUGAGGAUGGGAAUACCAGGCGCUCGGAGCGCAUUAAUCGACGUCACAUAAAGGUUUACCGGGGGACUUCUUGGCUGAGGAGCGAGCUUAAGGAUGAGUGGAUCCAUGCCGGAUGGGCUAGUGUUGUGUUUACGAGGGAUGGGGAGGAUCCGCUGUUUGAGGGGGCUUUCACCCUGAUGCACGACGCUCACCACAUUCAGUUCCGAUCCACUUAUAGGAGGACUAAACAUGCCUUGGAUCCGGAUGUUGGACCGGAAGGAAAGGAGGGAAUGGUUGUUUUCCGGGAUUCGGAUGUUGUGGACAGGGAUCUCUACAAUCAAGGUCUCGUGGGGAGAGGGGUUGGGCAGUGGGAUGACAGCGCCGGGGUUAUGUGUCCGGCCGAUAGAUUGGAAUUUAAUGUUCAACCGGGACACUUGGUUAAUAGGAUGAUUCUGGAGCCGGAAUUGCCCAAGGGGCGGCUGUGGGCGGGUAUCGGGUUGGAGGAUUUAUUCCAGGGCGGGCUGAAAAGGAGGCAAAACCUAGAGGGAAAUGAUGGGUUUACCGGCGGCACGGGAAACUCUGCCGGUGUAAAUUUGCGUAAUACGAUUGGGAAUACAGACGGCUGCCCGAGCACAAGGCUGGUCGCAUUGGUUGGCGUUGCCACUGACUGCACUUACACCGCCGACUUCGAGGGCGACCAGGAGAAGGCUAGAGCGAACAUCAUCACACAGAUCAACUCGGCAUCUAACCUUUUCGAGAAAACCUUCAACAUCACGCUCGGCCUUUCGUCUCUCGUCAUCAGCGAUGCGAAUUGCCCGGGGACUCCCCCAGCGACUGCAAAGUGGAAUAUCCCGUGCUCGUCUGCUAAUUCGAGUAUCGAGAAUCGACUGAAUCUUUUCUCCGAAUGGAGGGGUACCCGGUCGAACGAUUCAAAUGCUUUGUGGACCUUGAUGACCACUUGUGAGACUGGAUCUGCCGUUGGGCUCGCCUGGUUGGGCAUGCUGUGUCAGAAGGAUGCUAUUGUUCAAGCGGGACAAUUCAUCUCCGGGGCCAAUGUUAUUGCCAGGACCUCGACGGAAUGGAAGGUUAUUGCUCAUGAAAUCGCUCAUACCAUGGGUGCCGUGCAUGACUGCACGUCCUCCACUUGUUUGGGAAAUAUUGCUUCCGCAUCCAUGUGCUGUCCGCUCUCCUCGAAUGUUUGUGAUGCUGCAGGGAGGUUUAUGAUGAAUCCGACUACCACCGAUACCAUCUCGGGUUUUAGUCCAUGCACUGUUGGGAAUAUUUGCUCAGCGUUUAAGAGGAAGAGUGUUGAUAUGUCCUGCUUGACAUCCAACAGGGACGUUAGCGUUAUCACGCAAGAUGAGUGUGGUAAUGGUAUCGUGGAACCCGGCGAGGAUUGUGAUUGUGGUGGAACGGAGGCCUGCGGAACCAACUCCUGCUGCGAUCCUACCACCUGCAAGUUUAAGAAUGGCGCCGUUUGCGAUGAUGCGAACGAGGACUGCUGCACGGGUUGCAAGUUUGCGUCAAAAGACAAGGUCUGCCGAUCUAGCAACGGCCCCUGUGAUCCCGAGGAGAGAUGCACGGGAAGGAACGCCACCUGCCCGUCAGACGUCAUUUCGGGAAAUGGCGAUUCCUGUGGCGAUGGACUGCAGUGCGCGAGUGGGCAAUGCACAUCUCGAGACCUGCAAUGCAAGACGGUUAUGGGGCAGUACCGGAGCAACAGUACACAUUCAUGCACGGAUACAGAUUGCCAGCUGACUUGCGCAUCCCCGGAGUUUGGCCCGGGAACCUGCUUCCGGAUGCAGCAGAAUUUCCUCGAUGGGACUCCAUGUAACGGUGAUGGGAGGUGUAAGGCUGGAGUAUGCAGUGGCUCGUCAACACUUGGCCAAGUUAAGAGUUGGAUCAAUAAGAACAAAAACAUCGUAAUAGGCGUAUCAGUCGGUAUAGGCGCCCUGGUAAUCUUUUCCAUCUUCUCCUGCAUAUGGAGUUGCUGUCGAAGAAGGCGAGCACGCAAGGCCGCGUUGAAGAGCCCGCCGCGUCCACCCACAGGUGGGUACCAACCGCACGACCGGGCAUGGCACAGACAACGUGAUGCAAACACGGGCGUGUACCCUAUGCCCCCGCCACUAUCGCACGCGUCUCAUCAAACGAGGAGUCCGCCCGCCUACGGCAAUGCGGGCUUCUCGCCUGGUAUACGAUCGGAUCGAUACGCUUGAAGUCAAGUAAAGCAUGAUUCUGGGUGUUUCUUUGCGCACUUGUACAUGAUAACGAUACGAUGAUUAGUGUUUUUUUUUCUCUCUUUUUUUAUUCAUCUCUUUUUUCUCCGUUGAGUGGUAUUUGAGGGAUAAGUUGGUUAUUGGUUUUUAUUUUUAUUUUUGGCCUGGUCUAAUAGUCCGAUUGAUUGGUUUGCGGGCUUUGUUGGUCUGGUUGGGCGGUUGGUUGGUUUGGGCUCUUUUUCCUUUUCUCUUUUUCCCCUUCUGUAUGUAUGUAUUUAGUACACCUACUCACCCCUCUUUUUCUCGUUUUUUCCCCUUCACUUCCCCAUUGUGGCAUCUGUGUCAUUUCUUUUAUACUUUCCUACAGAAUGGGGUUUGGGAUUUAAGAUUGGAUUGGAUGGAAGGUUAGAUUUUCAGGGAUGGGGGAACGGGGAAAUUUAACAAAGCACUAUCACUGGGGCAGCACAGCACAGCACACACUCUGAAUACCCGAGCGUCUAUUCUUCCUCUUCCCUUCCCCUCGUGUCGGUAGCGGGCGGGAGGGGUGUAUAGUAAGUAAAUUACAAUAUUACCAUGAUGCUGAUCGAGUGAGCUCAAUUACAUGUGCUGCUGCACCGUCAUUCUCGGCCCUCCGACCCAUUCACUCAUUCCCGGAGCAUCGGCACUAUGAUACAACCCCUGCCACACCCUGCUAGUUUCGUCCUAUCACUCACUCGCCAUCCAGCCAGCUACAGUAGCUACCGUAUCAUAGCUAUGUACUGCACACGGGAGUUUCUGCUCACUACUGUGGAUAGACUGGCUUUACUCGUUCCUGCGGAUUGGUAGGAGUGGAAGGGGGGGGGGGGGGGUUGCAUUUCGAUUUCGGCACAGUAUGCGAGUUGUAUCGUGAAGUGUCAUAGCUUGUUUUGUGUGCAUGUGGGGGGAUAAGGGCGUAUGUAGCUACUUUAUGGUGAAAUGCGGCGGUGGUCCCCCACGAGGGGUAGGGUAGCGGAGGUGGUGAGGGGUAGCAAGCACGAUAUUGACUACCGUAAUUGUCCAAAUCGAUUAAUCUCUA